AUGACUACCAUCACUAAGGUCGCCCUUGCAGGUGCCAGCGGAGAUCUCGGAGCACCGGUGUUUGAACAAGUCUUGAAUGCGGGUUUCCAAGUUACCGUAAUAACUCGCAAGGGAAGCUCUCAUACUUGGCCGUCAAAUGUUACCGUUAAGGAGGUUGACUACAGCUCGCUCGAUUCUCUAACGGAAGCACUUCAAGGGCAAGAUGCUGUUGUUGCGACUAUCACGACCCCUGCAUUGAAUUCACAGGUCCUUCUUAUUGAGGCCGCAGCUAAGGCGGGAGUGAAGCGCUUCAUUCCAUCUGAGUUUGGUUCAGACACUUUCAACGAGAAGGCAUCACAGCUACCUUGCUACAAACCCAAGGUCGAAGUCCAGGAAGCCUUGAAGAAAGCUGCUGCCGAGAGUAGCUUGACUUGGACUGCAGUACUUAACGGUGCUUUCCUGGACUGGGCGAUCCGUGUCGGGUUUUUCGCAGACGUCAAAAACCGUACUAUCGAAUUACCAGACGGUGGCAACAAGACCACUUCAGCUGCAACACUGUCAACGAUUGGAAAGGCUGUAGUAGGCGUACUCAGGAACCCUGAGCAAACCAAAAACCGCCCAGUCUAUGUCCAAGAGGCUGUUAUUAGUCUGAAGCAGAUAGAAGAGAUCCUCAAGAAACACGUUGGAGCAGACGGGUGGAAGGAGAACGUGACGUCGCUUGACGAGGGACUGCAGAAGGCCUUGGAAGAGAACAAGACCGCAUUCACGCCGAACGUCUUUAUCUCGACUCUUAAGGUAGCGAUUUGGAGCGAUGGAUAUGGAGGCCGCUUCCAGAAGCUUGACAAUGAGCUGCUAGGUAUCAAGGAGUUGAGCCCUGCUGAACUUGAGGCUAUUGUAGUUAAGAACAUCCCCAAAUAA